AUCACCGUAUCCCGCUCUGGCCGCAAGUUUUCCAACUACCCAGCCGGCCUCGACAGCAACAACACCAACACCGGCAACACCACCCGCUACGCUGUCGCAGAGCUGAACUUCAACAACACCGAGACACCCUACCCAAAUGCCCAAAUCAACAACCCACCCGGCGGCGCAAUCAACUACACCACAUCCCCUCCCACCAGCGCAAACUACCAGAACUACCUUAUCGGCGUGCAAUCUGUAGUCCUCGACCCUCUCGACCGCCUCUGGAUCCUAGACACAGGCCGCGUGCAAACCGCCGACGGAACGCUCCUCAGUGCCUCGCCCGGCGGAACGAAACUAAUUUGCGUGGACAUCACCACUGAUAGCGUGAUCCAAACCAUCGUCUUCCCUUCCACCGUCGCAUUCCCAGACUCCUACGUCAACGACGUGCGUUUCGAUCUCCGCGCGUCACUCACCAGCUCAGGAAAGGGCGUCGCGUACAUCACCGACUCGUCCUCCGAGGGCCGCAAUGGGAUCAUCAUCGUCGACCUUGGUACCGGGGAGAGCUGGAGACAUCUGAACAACAUCCCUGAAGUGAGUGCUGAGCGCGGGUUCGUCCCGUUCGUGUGGGGGCAGCCGUUGUAUUACAUCCCGGGUCCUAACAUGCCGUUGACUACCGUGCCGCUUGGUAGUGAUGGUAUCGCUCUGUCCGCUGAUGGUGAGGACUUGUACUUUGGAUCCGUUGGUGGGCGGAGAUUGUACAGUGUGCCUACGAAGAGGCUGCGCGAUCGCAGUCAGAGCUCUGAGUUGUUGGCACAGGGUGCGGUGCAGAAUCAUGGGCAGCGCGGCGUUAGUGAUGGCUUCGAGACGGACAGCAAUGGGUUCAUUUAUGCGGGCAAUAUGGAGCAGAACCAGUUGAGCUUCUUCAACCCUGCCAAUGGGACGAUUUCGACGUUCGUGCGAGAUCCAAGGAUUAGUUGGAUUGAUACCAUGUCUGUUGCAAGUGAUGGCUAUCUAUACUUCACCGACAACCAGCUGGCGUUCAGCAAGAGCUUCUUCCCUGGCACGGACAGGCGCGUGCGUCCUUUCGCGCUGUUCAGGGUCAAGCUGCCCAAUCACGGUACGAGGGUCGACCUGCAAUAG